AGUUCCCAGCCGGGCCUCGAUGGAGCCUGCAGCCGCAGGGACCCGGAAGCCGCUGCCGCAACCACCGGACGCACUCGCAAGGGACAGGGCGGGCGCCGUCGCCGCAGCAGCCGCGACGUGGCCGGCGCCGGCGUGGGCGUCGACGUCGCUCCUCGCCGCUGGCCAGGUCGCGGUGGGCCUCGGAGGCGUCGCGCUGCUGGUGUGGUGGGCGGUCGCGUUCCACCGCGCGAACGCUAGGCUGUGGAUGGUACCCGCAGGGCUCGUCCUCCUCGGAACCCCGCUCGUCGCCUGGCUCUCCGUCUUGGCCUCCGGCCCGUGCGACCGCUCCAGGGCGCCGCCGCCGGCCGCCUUAGGAGCUUAAUUAGCUUGCCGCGCCCACGCAUGAAGUACGGCAUCUUGAAUACAUUACAUGGUGCUUGUGUGCGCGGUUGAUCUUGGGAAGACCCCUGCAUUGUCUGCUGUCCAAUUUUGGAACCUCUGUAGUAUUGUCGAUACUUUUAGCCCUCGAUGAUCCAUUUUCUGAACAUCACUUGCUGCACGGAUGGUAUGAAUUUGAGCGAAUUUGCUUCUGGAAUUCUCCUUUCCUGGUGAUGGUAACGCAACAGACUAGCAACAUGAAGGUCCAUAAUUGCCGUCA